AUGUAUAAAUUAUUCUCGGCAAUAUCAAUUUUUUUGUUGUUAUUAUCCACUACAACAUUAAACGUCGAAGCACAGCUUAAAGGAAAAUAUCCUCCAGUUGAUACACCUCCACCACCCGUAGCUGCUUGGACUGCUCUCGUAGAUCAAUCAAAAUUACCAAAGGCUCCUGUUAGACCUAUUGGGACCCCAUGUGCCCCUACUGACGAAUUUUGUGUCUGGUCUUGCACAACUUGUGUAAGAGAUACUGAUUUUGACUUUUGUCCUAAGAAAGGAGAUUGGGCUUUAACGUAUGAUGAUGGUCCUACAAAUAAUACAUUGAGAGUUCUUAAAGCGCUUAAUGACAGAGGUCUAAAGGCAACUUUCUUUGUAAUUGGAAGUAGAGUUUUUGAAAAUCCCCAAAUUCUCAAACAAAUCGUUGAUUCUGGUCAUCAAAUUGGUGUACAUACUUGGUCUCAUACAGCUCUUACAUCUCAAACUACUGAAGAAAUUAUAGCUGAAACAAAAUGGACAGAAAUGGCAAUUAAAGAAGCCGUUAAUUUAACUCCUAAAUGGUUUAGAGCUCCUCAAGGAGAUGCUGAUGAUAGAGUUCGUGGAAUAUUAUCACAACUUGGUUAUAAAAUGGCUUUUUGGAAUCAUGAUACAUUUGAUUGGGAAUCAAAUUCGGAUCAAACUUAUGAUUUAAAUUGGAUCACAGGGAAUUUUUCAAUGUGGGUACAGAAUAAAACUGCAACAACUGGAUUUGCUUCUUUAGAACAUGAUGCUUUUGAUAAAUCUUCUUCGAAAGCAGAGGCUGCUAUGGAUAUUGUUGUUAAUGCCAAAUUUGCCCCACAAAGUGCUGCUGUAUGUUCGGGUGAUAAACAACCUUAUGUUGAAAAUGUUACACUUCCCCCAUCUAAUAUUAAAGGACAAGAACCCACUGCUAAAACUCCUAAUGCUCCUAAUGGUAAAUCACCUAGUACACCUCCAGCUAUUAGCGCAAGUGGCGCAAGUUCUGUUGAAAAGAACUUGUUGUUAGGCAUUGUAUGUGGAUUAAUAAUGAUGAUUUUAGUUUAA